AUGGAACACGGCACGAGCAACGACGCCGACCAGGCGCUCGCCCGCCUGGGCUACAAGGCGGAGCUGCCGCGGAACCUGAGCAUGCUCAGCGUCCUGGGCCUCUCAUUCGCCAUCAUGGCCGUACCGUUCGGUCUCUCGACGACAAUGUACAUCACCCUGACCAACGGCCAGGCCGUCACCGUCAUCUGGGGCUGGGUCCUCGUGUCGCUCAUCUCGCUAUGCAUCGCCGCCUCACUCGCCGAGAUCUGCGCCGUCUUCCCCACAUCCGGAGGCGUGUAUUAUUGGAGUGCCAUGCUCAGUACGGAACGUUAUGCGCCCUUGGUCAGCUUCGUUGAUGGUUGGCUCACUCUUGUCGGCAACUGGACCGUCACAUUGUCCAUUAACUUCUCGGGAGCGCAACUCAUCCUUAGCGCCAUCUCUAUCUUUAACGAGGAUUUUGUGGCCAAUGAGUGGCAGACUGUGCUGUGCUUUUGGGCUGUUAUGCUCGUGUGUGCGUUGGUGAAUGCUUUUGGCUCUCGAUACCUGGAUCUUAUCAACAAGGUCUGCAUUUACUGGACCGGCGCGAGUGUUAUCAUCAUCAUUGUCACAUUGUUGACCAUGGCUGAUACUCGCCGGUCUGGCGAGUUUGUCUUUAGCCAUUAUGAUGCCUCGGCGAGUGGUUGGCCCUCGGGAUGGUCGUUCUUUGUUGGUCUGUUGCAAGGUGCCUAUGUCCUUACUGGCUACGGCAUGGUCGCUGCCAUGUGUGAGGAGGUCCAGAACCCCGAGCGUGAAGUCCCCAAGGCCAUCGUCCUCUCCGUCGCCGCCGCCGGCGUCACUGGCGUCAUCUACCUGGUGCCCAUCCUCUUUGUCCUCCCCGAUGUUCAGAUGCUUCUUGCUGUGGCCAACUCGCAGCCCAUUGGCACUCUGUUCAAGGUCGUGACUGGUUCUGCCGCCGGCGGCUUCGGUCUUCUCUUCCUCAUCCUCGGAAUCCUCAUGUUCGCCGGUAUCGGAGCCCUCACUGCCGCUUCCCGCUGCACCUACGCCUUUGCCCGUGAUGGUGCUAUCCCAGGAUACAAGCUGUGGUCUCGUGUCAACCACAAACUUGACAUGCCUGUUUGGGCGCUCGUCUUGUCCACUGUCAUCGAUUGCAUUCUCGGCUGCAUCUACUUUGGCUCUUCGGCUGCCUUCAACUCCUUCACUGGCGUUGCCACCAUUUGCUUGUCCACCUCGUACGGUGUUCCCGUCCUGGUCAACCUCAUCCGCCGACGCAAGAUCGUCCAGCACUCGCCUUACCCUCUUGGAAAGUUUGGCCCAAUCAUCAACGGAAUCUGCGUCGUCUGGAUCGUCUUCUCCGUCGUUAUCUUCUGCAUGCCCGUGUCGCUUCCCGUCGAUGCAGGCACCAUGAACUAUGCUUCCGUCGUCUGGGCCGGGUUUGCCGCCAUCGCCUUUAUCUGGUACUUUGCCUAUGCUCGAAAGCACUUCAAGGGACCCCCCAUCAACAGAAGCGAGAGCUUUGAGCCUGGAGUCAAGGUUCUGAGCGGCGAGGGAGGCAGAGCUACUGAUGAUACGACGGGCGAGAUGCAAGAGAAGGGCUCUAGUUAG